AUGACCGGCCCUUGGAAGAAUCGACAAAAGGAUGCCGUUGAUACCGCCAUGGAUGUUCUGGCCAAGCUUCCUGGUGUCCUUGAAGAAUGGGACCUACUCAGCACUCGAAAACUCACUGAAAAAACGCUCCAAAGGUUGAAAGUUUUUAAGGAGCACUGCUCAGACCUUGAUAUCGAGCUACGGGUCUGGUAUAGCAACUUCAUAACCUUAUUCGAAAGAGCGUAUCCACACAAUGCAGAAUUCAUUAAAGAGGGUGAGAACGAUCCAGCGCAGCAAGCAGUCAUACCUGACAUUCUAGCGGGUAUGGACCUCCAUCUUCUCCAUGCCAUGACGAUAUACUGGACAUCUUGCACGAUCUUACACGCCACUAUAGACAUGGUAGAGAAUGGUUUCCCCGCAGUAGCCGACACUGGCAGCAAAGAGCCCAGCGCUACGAGCGGUGGUAUUCUCAAAUACCUAAUAUGUCUCGCACAUAGUGCGAAGUACUUUUUAAAAUCUGAACUGGGGCUCCUCGGAACUCUGAGCAUGCGAUAUACCGGUACCUGUUUAGUUCGUACGCUGCAUGCUCACCAAAGCUACUACCCAAAAGCCGAUCCAGAAGACCUAAAGCAGCUGAGGCGCGCAAUGAGACUCUUGCAGGGCUUGAGUGGAUAUGACGCGUGGAAGUUUUGGAAGUGUGGCAUGGAUGACUUGAACCACAAGAAGAAUGGCACGUAUCCUUCCCGCCUCUGCUGUUAG